ACAUACUCUGUGGUUUCAUCAAAAGAGGUAGCAACAGAGGGAGAACUGGAGAAGUAAAAAGAGAUCAAACAAAAACAGAAACAUACAUAAUAGUUGAAGAUGUGGAAGUUGAAGAUAGCAGAAGGAGGAAAGAACUUGGUUUCAGUGAACAACUUCAUAGGAAGACAACAUUGGGAAUUCGAUCCAAAUGCAGGAACACCACAAGAACGUGCUGAGGUUGAAAGGCUACGCCAAGAGUUCACUAAAAAUAAAUUUUCCAUCAAACAAAGUUCUGACCUCUUAAUGAGGAUGCAGCUCACAAAAGAGAACAGAUGUGGAGCAAUACCAGAAGCAGUGAAAGUGGGAGAAGAAGAGAAGAUAACAAAAGAAGCAUUGAUUACAACAAUGAGAAGAUCUCUCACUUUCUUUUCUUCUAUUCAAGCACAUGAUGGUCACUGGCCUGCUGAAUCUGCUGGCCCUUUAUUUUUCCUUCAACCUUUGGUAAUGGCAUUAUAUAUUACAGGAUUCCUUGAUGUUGUUUUAGGAGCAGAACACAAGAAAGAAAUUAUUCGUUAUUUGUAUAAUCACCAGAGCAAAGAUGGCGGUUGGGGUUUCCAUAUAGAGGGACACAGCACAAUGUUUGGAUCAGCAUUGAGUUACAUUGCUUUGAGAAUACUUGGAGAAGGACUUGAAGAUGGUGAAGACAUGGCAAUGGCUAGAGCCAGAAAAUGGAUCCUUGACCAUGGUGGUUUGGUGGCUAUUCCUUCAUGGGGAAAAUUCUGGGUUUCGGUACUUGGAGUUUAUGAGUGGUCAGGGUGCAAUCCACUUCCACCAGAGUUCUGGCUUGUUCCCAAUUUCAUCUCUGUUCACCCAGGGAAUAUGUUAUGCUACUGUCGCUUGGUUUAUAUGCCAAUGUCAUAUUUAUAUGGAAAGAAGUUUGUGGGUCCUGUCACCAAUUUAAUCACAUCUUUGAGAGAAGAAAUGUACAAUAAACCUUAUGAUCAAAUCAACUGGAAUAAAGCUCGAAAUUGUGUUGCUAAGGAGGAUUUGUAUUAUCCACAUCCUUUAAUCCAAGAUAUGUUGUGGGGAUUUCUUCAUCACGUGGGAGAGCCUUUGCUGAAUUCUUGGCCCUUUUCUAAGCUUAGACAAAAAGCAUUAGAAAUUGCAAUUAGUCAUGUCAGAUAUGAGGAUGAGAAUAGUAGAUACCUUUGCAUUGGAAGUGUAGAGAAGGUUUUGUGUUUGAUUGCGCGUUGGGUUGAAGAUCCUAAUUCGGAGGCAUACAAACUCCAUUUAGCUCGAAUUCCUGAUUAUUUUUGGCUCGCCGAAGAUGGCUUGAAAAUUCAAAGUUUUGGUAGUCAAAUGUGGGAUGCAGCAUUUGCUAUACAAGCAAUACUUGCUUGUAAUCUAAGUGAAGAGUACGGUCCUACACUUAAAAAAGCUCACGAUUUUGUCAAGGCUUCACAGGUUAGUGAAAACCCUAGUGGUGACUUCAUGGGAAUGUAUAGACACAUCUCAAAAGGUUCAUGGACAUUCUCAAUGCAUGACCAAGGUUGGCAAGUCUCUGAUUGCACAGCUGAAGGAUUACAGGCUGCGCUGUUACUGUCAAAAAUGCCAUCUGAUGUAGUUGGAGAACAAAUAGAAUCAGAGAGAUUCUAUGAUGCUGUUAAUGUCAUCCUUUCUCUACAGAGCAACAAUGGUGGUUUUCCUGCUUGGGAACCUCAAAGAGCCUAUCGAUGGUUAGAGAAAUUCAAUCCAACCGAAUUCUUUGAGGAUACUCUGAUUGAGAUGGAGUAUGUAGAAUGCACAGGAUCAGCAAUGGAAGCUUUGGCUCUAUUUAGAAAGUUAUAUCCAAAUCACAGAAGAAAAGAAAUAAAUCACUCCAUUUCUAAAGCAAUUCAUUACAUUGAAAACACACAAAAUCCAGAUGGCUCAUGGUAUGGUUGCUGGGGAAUUUGUUAUACCUAUGGAACUUGGUUUGCUGUAAAGGGACUUAGAGCAUGUGGAAAGACCUAUCAAAACAGUGCUUCAUUGCGCAAAGCAUGUCAUUUUUUGUUGUCAAAGCAGCUUCCUAAUGCUGGUUGGGGUGAAAGCUACUUAUCAAGUCAAAACAAGGUGUAUACAAAUUUAGAAGGCAAUCGUGCUAACGUGGUUCAAACUUCAUGGGCUUUGCUAUCCCUUAUUGGUGCUGGCCAGGCUGAAAUUGAUCCAACACCCAUACAUCGUGGAAUAAAGUUACUAUUCAAUUCACAAAUGGAAGAUGGAGACUUUCCUCAGCAGGAAACUACAGGAGUGUUUAUGAGGAAUUGUAUUCUAAAUUACGCAUCGUAUCGAAACAUAUUUCCCAUAUGGGCUUUGGGAGAAUAUCGUCGCCGAGUUCUAUAUGUAUAAGCAUGAAGAUGAUGAAGACUGUAAUCAAAUCCAAUAAUUAUGUGAUUGCCUUUAAAUUAACGUAAAAAUUAUGUGUUUCACGUGUAUAUAUGUGGUGCAAAUGUG